UGCUUCUAGAGCUGCAAUUAUUUUACCUAUGUUAAAUGAUGGAAAUAUACAAUAAAGAAAAAAAAACCAACUGUCAUAUCUUUGGCAUUCAUAUCUGUGUGAAAGAAUAUAGGAUGUUUCAAGAAAACACAUCAUCCAGUUGCUUAAAUGUAAUAACAACAUCUACUGAAGAUGGUACUUUCCAAAAAAAAGGCCAUAGUGCAAGAAUCCUUAGUCCAGAAGAAGCUGAGAGACUGGAAAAAGAUCAGGUUUUGGUGUCUGAGUUCAAACAACUAAAACUGGAGAAAGAGGCACAGAAGAACUGGGAUCUAUUUUACAAAAGAAACAGCACCAACUUCUUUAAAGACAGACAUUGGACAACCAGAGAGUUUCAAGAGUUAAAAGCAUGUCGGGAGUUUGCAGAUCAGAAGCUGACCAUUCUGGAAGCAGGCUGUGGGGUUGGGAACUGCUUGUUUCCACUCUUAGAAGAAGACCUGAAUAUUUUUGCAUAUGCCUGUGAUUUCUCUCCCAGAGCUGUUGAGUAUGUGAAGAAAAAUGCCUUAUACAGUACUGAAAGAUGUAAAGUGUUCCAGUGUGAUCUUACCAAAGAUGAUCUUCUAGAAAAUAUACCAGCAGAUUCUGUGGAUGUUAUUACACUUAUAUUUGUGCUUUCUGCCAUUCAUCCUGACAAAAUGCAUCUUGUCUUGAAGAACAUCUACAAGGUAUUAAAACCAGGCAGGUGUGUCUUGUUCCGAGACUAUGGACUGUAUGAUCAUGCAAUGCUGAGGUUUAAGUCUGGCAGCAAACUUGGAGAAAACUUUUAUGUUAGACAAGAUGGGACACGAUCAUAUUUUUUUACCAAAGAGUUCUUGUCUCAGCUUUUCAAGGCUGAGGGGUAUGAGCAAGUGGUCAAUGAGUAUGUGCAGCGAGAAACUGUGAAUAGGAAAGAAGACUUGUGUGUUCCAAGAGUUUUUCUUCAAGGCAAAUUUCAAAAGCCUUUCAGUAAGACCUAAGUUCUUGCUGAUUAGCAGCAGCAUUGCUUGUUUGAAAUGGAGGCUAGCACAUAUUUAUUUUCUUGUUCAUGCUCACCUUUCUGGCAAACCAGAAACUACUGUGUCCAGUACCUCUUGCUGGUUUUCAUCCUCAGAUGCCAAGUAUGAAUGCAAUUUCUAAUUAAAAUUUAAGAUGGUUUAGUGAUGCAGGCAACCUAUUGAGCAUCUGUAUUCCUGCUUCUCAUCUAAGUCCUGUGCAGCACUGUUGGAGGAUCAGGUAAAGCACACUAAAUAUGGUUCAUUU